UUUUAUUUGCCAAAAAUACGUUUAUAACUGGUUAGUAGACAGUAGUUAAUACUAGCUCAAAUGAUGUCUUUGAGGCAAUACGAGCUUAUACAGCGUGUUGGCGUAUCCUCAUUUACUAUUUAGUGUAUAGCGUAAAAAACCCUUGAAUUUCGUUGCAAUUAUGUAUGCAUUAAAAUUGUUUACUCAAUAAUGACCGAUGGACACAGGACAGUCCCCAUUGACCGUAAUGUGAUAGGUACUCAUUAUGGCCUAAAUAUACAAGAUUAUUUCACAUAGCCUAUAUAUUAUUGCAUGUUAUCAAACAAAAUAAAAUGACAGCGUAAGGACCUUAGAUCAUAAACAAGUGUACAUAGUGUAGGUAUGAUCUAAGGUACGGCCAAUUGCUAAAAAUACAGGUUGCUGCCCCCUUGGCCCUUACAUUACAGUUAUAAUUUCUUAACCUAUAAGUACAUAUUAUAAAUAAUUAUAUAUGUAUAUUAUUUUGGUGAUACUUAUACUACGCUAGAAUACAUAAAUGCUGUAUAAUAUGCAACAUGUAUGUUAUAGGUUUUGUUUAUAACAAUUAAUAUCAAAUUUGUUUGUAGAUUUUAAAAGGAAAACAAACAUUAUUAGAAAAAAUGGUUGAAACUGCAAACACAUGUCAGGAUAAAGAAGGGGUUUUAUUUCAAAACUCAGUCGCAGAAAAAGAGCGGAAGUAUCAAAGAGAAAAACUGAAAAAUAAGGAUUUGAUAAAAAAUAGAGAGGAAGAUUUCAAAGACAGUAAGAAGAUCUUGGAUGACGAAAAUAGAAAGGAAAAAGAACGUUUGACACUGAGUCAUCAGUGGGAAUUGGAAAGGCGCCUAAGAGAGACUGAGAUGUUAUGCUUACUUGAAGAGUCACGUAAACAGGCAAAGACCAGAAAAAAUUACUGUUUUCGAAAGAAUCUCAACUUACAACGUGAUAACAAUAGAGCAGCUACUAGAGCUACCUGA